GGGAGGAGGAGGGACGAUCGUCGAGGACGGAGGGUGUGUGGCUUGAGCUCUUGUCCCUUGUUCCUGGCUCAUGAAGGGCUUUCUCCAAAAAAGAAACACAUCACCAUGCAGAGAGAAAACCGACUGCCGCACCUGCAACUGCGUCACUAGUGCGCAUCCACAACGCACACCAAGAGAGACACACCUCCAACUUCGCCCGUAACCAUCGUCCUAUAAGUCUGCCACCAUCUACCUGCCUCCUGUCCGCUGUACCCUGUGGAACUAUCCAUAUCUUCCUCGCCACAUCCCUACCCCCCUCGAAGCCUCGUUCGCCUUCCUUCCGCCCAGCGGGCCAUGCGUGGCCAUGGAUUCCCACAUUGACUUCUCCAACGGCCACCGUCCGCAGCUACGGUACAUUGAUCUGGCUUUUGAUAACGAGUCUCUGGACGACUCGGCUCGGGAACUGGUCUACAGAAUCCAACCAAAAUGGAGGGACGGUCCAGGCAAAAUCGAAAUUGUCAAAUUCACCGACGGUAUCACAAACACUCUGCUCAAGAUUGCAAAACACACUCCAGGGCUCUCUGAAGCCGAGAUCGAUCGCGACUCUGUCCUCCUCCGUGCGUAUGGCAACCACACCGAGAUCAUCAUCGACCGAGAUCGAGAGGCCCGAUCACAUGCUCUGUGUGCAGAACGGGGAUUGGCCCCUCCCUUGCUGGCAAGAUUCAAGAACGGGCUCCUGUACAGAUUCAUCAUCGGUCAAGUCUGUACCCCCCAGGACCUGAUCAGUGAACCUAUAUGGCGCGCGGUUGCGAAGCGCUUAGGUGAGUGGCAUGCACGGCUGCCCAUUGCCGCCGUGGUGGGAGAGGAAAAGAGGGAGGCGCUCAAUGGCGUCAACGGCCAUCACCCGAGUGGGAGUCUUGCUUCGAGGCGACCGGUACCAAAUAUCUGGUCCGUAAUGCAGAAAUGGGUUCAUGCUCUUCCCUGCGACACUCCGAAAAAAGAGGCACGCAAGGAACUACUCCAGAAAGAACUAGAUCGGUCGUUCGACGACCUGGACAAUGAGCGAGGUCCCGGUGCGUCAGGGUUCGUGUUUGGACAUUGCGACCUGCUAAGUGCAAACGUUAUCAUGCUGCCACCGGAUUGUUCCAGUAGUAAGGCGGGUGACUCGAUGCGGGUCUCCUUUAUUGACUACGAAUAUGCCACGCCUUGUCCUGCAGCUUUCGAUAUUGCCAACCACUUCGCCGAAUGGGGUGGCUAUGACUGUGAUUACAACAUGCUGCCAACCCGAUCUAUGCGCCGCCAAUUCCUCCAGGACUAUCUGAGGUCGUACAAAGCCCACAGCGACGCCCCGGUCCCCAACGACAUGCUGGAUGUGUUGUGCGAUGAAGUGGACCGUUAUCGUGGCAUGCCAGGCUUCUAUUGGGGCGUCUGGGCUCUGAUCCAGGCGACCAUUUCCGAGAUCGAUUUCGACUAUGCUUCGUACGCUGAGGUCCGACUAGGCGAAUAUUAUGCGUGGAGGGCGGAAGAGAGUGGCAGUCGGGCCCAACAGGGGCAGGAUAUGCCUCUCCGAGAACGGCGGUGGGCAGAAGCAUGAGUGAGAUGGACAGUUCCAGGGGUUUCGCUCGUUCAACAUGAGCGAUGGAUAUAUACGAGGGUGGGAUGAUUGACAUCACCAUCCUCUCCUGCCACCCACUUCCACCACCGCCAUCAUCAUCAUUCUCGGCGUCAUUGUCAGUCAUCCCAAAAGUAGAUCUUGUGACCUACCGUGGCCUCUGCCGUACCUGGUUGUAUUCGCUUCAACACGCCUUCUUUGUCCGGCGCCGCGUCCAAUCCUAGGGCGUGCUAUUAAGUAAUAAUCAAAAGGACCAGACGGCGCAGAGUAAGCACCAUCCUGGUCCCUCUCCUAGGGCUGGUGAGGCCGAAUCCUAGCUUGUUGCGGUCCCCAUUUCAUAAUGCACACUGCUUACGUGAUUUGGCGGUGCUUCUG